AUGUCUGACGUCCAGAACCCCGUUGAGGAGACCCCCGCGGUCGUCCCUGCUGCUGAGACUGCCGUUGAGGUUCCCGCCACCACAGAGGCCACUGAGGCUCCUAAGGAGACCACUGAGGCUGCUCCCGCUGAGGAGACUGCUACCGACAAGCCCGCUGAGACUGAGGCUGCUAAGGAGGAGGCCAAGGAAGAGGCCAAGGAAGAGGCCAAGGAGGAGAUCAAGCCCGCCACCGAGGGCGUUCUCGGCCACAAGGGCCCCGGUCUGGUCAAGAGCCUGCGUUUCGCCAAGCGUUUCUUCUACUUCAACGAUGAGCCCGUUGAGGCUAAGCAGCUGUCGGUCUUCCACCAGAACGAGAAGCCCGCCGUCGCCAACCCCACUGCUGCCUGGGCCAGCCAGACCGGAAAGGGUCUGCUCUUCCUGACCAAGCGCGCUGAGGACAAGGCCACCCCCGCUGGCAUCUUCAACCUGGCUGAUAUCUCCGACCUCACCAAGGAGGGUUCCAACGAGUUCCUCUUCAAGGUCGGUGGCCAGAAGCACACCUUCCAGGCCUCCAACACCGCCGAGCGUGACAGCUGGUACGUCGCCCUCGAGGCCAAGUCUGCCGAGGCCAAGGCCGAGAAGGAGACCCUCACCUCCAGCGAGGGCUACAAGGCUGAGCUUGAGAAGUUGACCAAGCCUGCCGUUAUCGUUGCGGCCGCCAAGAAGCCCGAGGAGAAGAAGGAGGAGGCCCCCGCCGCCACUGAGGAGGCCAAGGCUGAGGAGGCUGAGCCCAAGGAAGAGAAGGCCAAGGAGGCCACCAAGAGCCGCUCCCAGUCUCGCAAGCGCGGCAGCAUCUUCGGUGCCAUUCUCGGAAAGAAAGAGACCGAGGAGAAGAAGGCCGAGGAGACCAAGGAGGAGACUGCUGCUGAGGCUACUGCUGAGCCCACUGCUGAGGCCGCCGCUGAGACUCCCGCUGAGACCGCUGUCGAGCCUGCCACCGAGACCCCCGUUGAGGCCGCUGCUGUCGCCGCUCCCGUCGUUGCUCCCGUUGUUGCUCCCGUCGAGGCCACCGAGGAUAAGGCCGAGGAGAAGAAGGAAGAGAAGAAGGCCAAGCGUUCUUCCAUCUUCGGUACCUUCUUCCAGAAGGUUGCCAGCCCCUCUCAGGAGAAGUCCGAGAAGGAGGUCACUGCCCCCGUCGAGGAGGCCCCCGUCGCCAGCUCCGCUCCCCAGCUUGAUAACCCCGUGGAGGAGGCCGCUAUCGUUGAGCCCGAGACCGUCGCUGCCCCUGUUGAGGCUGAGACUGUCAAGGAGACCGCUGUGGAGACCCCCACCGAAACUGCCACCCCUAAGGACAAGCGCCGCACUUCUUUCUUCGGUGCCUUCGGCAAGAAGGAGAAGAAGGCCGACACCUCCGACAACGAGGGCACUGAUGGCGAGAAGGAGGCCAAGAAGGCCAACAAGCUUGGUGGUCUCUUCCGCAAGCCCUCCAAGGCUGUGAAGCUCGACAAGGAGGACGUUGCCGCUGCUGAGACUGAGGCCAAGGCCGAGCAGACUGAGGAGGCUUCCGCUGAGGCCGCUGUUGAGGAGACCGCUGCCCCCGUUGAGGAGGUGGUCAAGGCCCCUGAGACCGCCGCUGAGGAGCCUAAGAACGUUGAGGUCCCCGUCUCCACCCCUGUUCAGGCUGCCGCUUGA